AUGUCUGGCGACGGCCCACCUCUGUUGCGGCCUAUCCCCCGCCGCCCCUUCGACUUCAGCCAUACGAGUCCUACUCCUCCAGACGAGAACUCCUCUUCCCCGAGCCCGAACCCCGAUAUAGACCUCUCGAGACUGCACAAUGGCCAGGCUUCCUCAGACUCCGGGUCCCUGCCUAGAGCCCAGUCCAUAAUGAACCUGACAUCCUCAACGUUAUUCGGCAUUUACUCCCCGACCACUUACGGGAGUCGUGAUGGUAAUGAGAGGGACGAGCCCGACACUCCCUGGGGGACAGGGGCGCAAACUCCAAUCAAGCGUCCUAGCGUGGACGAUACGACGUUUGAGCUCAUGAAGGACCGCUCGAGUCUGUUACGCCGGCGGUCUUCCCACCGCGGGGCUAAGCAACAGUCACCUUCUACUGCAGCCUCAACUUUGUUCACGGUAUCUAGAAUAGCUCUCCUUUUCGUGAUUGGCAUCGGAUAUGGUGUCUUGGUCACCCGGUUGCAGAGUGAGCAAACAUUUUCGCCGUUUCAGGUCGAGAGCAUCAUCAAACCGAGUUAUGACUGGCAGUACCUGUCUUUAUGGGGCUUGUCGGGUGUCGUUCUUGGCGGUCUGCUCCCUUGGUUUGACGGAGUCUGGGAGCAUACAUUUGGCGGGGAAGAAGCAGUCCCUGAAGAAAGGGACAGUCCGUCUCCUGAGGACAUUAGCCCUGUGAAAGAUUGGGCUUUGGUCGUACGCAGCAUCGGCGCCUUCGUUGGCAUCGUGUUUGCCAUUCGUAAACUGCCCUGGGCCUCGACGCUGCAGGUAUCCCUCUCGUUGGCCCUGGUCAACCCGUUCUUGUGGUACCUCAUUGACAGGUCGAAACCCGGUUUCCUGCUGUCGAUGGCCGUCGGAGUGACGGGUUCGGCGGUCCUCCUCGGCAUCAACCCCGAUGCCAUGCCGACCCCGUCUUCUUUGACCUACCGAAAUGAGUCAGAGAGAGCGUAUUCAGAGCCUAUCACUCUGGGUGGAUUGGCCAGUCAGGAGACCAUCGAGACAGGAAUCUGGAUGCUCAGCGUUCUGUUCUGCAGCUGCGUCUGCUUUGGAAACAUCGGGAGACGUCUUGCCAUCAACAAAUCGGCUACCGCACGGGGCCGCUGGGCUGGAUUGAGAUGA